AUGGGGAUUUUUGAUGGAUUGCCAGUUCCACCUGAUAAAGAGUAUUUAAGGGACGAGCUUUUGAAAAUCGAUGAGAGUUGGGCUGUUCCUCGUUUUGACACCUUGCCUCAUGUGGUUCAUAUUCUAACAUCAAGAGAUCGUGAAAAUGAGCUCCACUAUUUGAAGGAGCAAAGAGAUAUAGUUGAGGAGGUUGUGGAUGAAGUUGUGCAUGCUUAUCACAGUGGCUUCAAUAAAGCCAUCCAAAACUACUCUCAGAUUUUGAAGUUGUUCAGUGAUUCUGCUGAAAGUAUUCGCACACUGAAAAUUGAUUUGGCUGAGGCAAAGAAGCGUCUUGGUGCUCGAAACAAGCAAUUACAUCAGCUAUGGUCUCGAUCUGUCACACUAAGGCACAUUAUUGCAUUGUUAGAUCAAAUCGAGAGCAUAGCUAAGGUUCCAGCACAUAUUGAGAAACUCAUUGCUGAGAAACAGUUUUAUGCAGCCAUUCAAUCACUUAUUCAGUCAUCCUUGAUGCUUGAACGAGAAGGCCUUCAGACGGUUGGUGCUCUUCAAGAUGUAAAAUCUGAGUUGUCCAAGUUGAAAGGAGUUCUCUUUUUCAGAAUAGUGGAGGAUUUGCAUGCACAUCUUUACAAUAAGGGAGAACAUAGCUCAGUGGCUUCUACCAUGGAUGAAAGAGAGGAUGACCUGCCAACCAUUACUGCUGCUGCCUAUACAAUGAAUGGCUCACAAUCCUUGUCCCGAAGGACCAGGAUGAUCAAAGGAGAAAAUCAUGGACAGACAGAUGGAUCUCUCAGUUCUUCAUUUGAUGGCCAUGAUGAGGAUGGUUCUAUUGAAUUGCAUGAUGAGGCAACCUCAGAUGGACAUGCUCGAGGAAAUGGUGGUGAAGGGAUCACGAAGGAUGCUAAAGCUGGAUUACGCAAGAUACCCAGUUGGCUUUUACAUUCCACACCUGAUGAAUUCAUUGAAACCAUCAGAAAGAGUGAUGCUCCACUUCAUGUAAAGUAUUUGCAAACUCUGGUUGAGUGUCUCCGCAUGCUGGGCAAAGUAGCAGCUUCGGGUGCAAUGAUAUGCCAGAGACUGCGCCCCACUAUUCACGAUAUUAUCACUUCGAAAAUCAAAGCUUAUGCAGAACUAGCCAAUGCUUCGAAGUCUGGCAUUGGUGAGGCUGCUGAAACUGAUGAUACCGGCCUUCAGUUUAUCAAAGUGCAUGUGGAAAGCUACCAGUUAACGAAGAAGAAGCAGCAGAAUGGGAUAUCACUGGCUGGGACUUUACUGCAAGUGAGCCCUGUAUCUCCUGUUAUGGCUCCCACAGGCAAAGCGCAGACUGCUGCAAAAGAUCUCCUUGAUUCGGUUUUGGACACUGUCGUCAGAAUAUUUGAAAAUCAUGUUAUUGUUGGAGAGCUUCUGGAGUCAAAAUCAGUUCAUGGUGGUCAUUCACACCCCCAGAGUUCAUGGCAAACUAAUGCGAAUUUGAACCCGGGUGCCGGUCCUCAAGCUGGGGGAUACAGCAUGGGCUUUUCAUUGACUGUUUUACAGAGCGAGUGUCAACAACUUAUCUGUGAAAUUCUGCGAGCAACUCCAGAAGCUGCAUCAGCAGAUGCUGCUACACAGACUCUGCGACUUGGAAGCAAGGCCCCUUCCAAUGACAAUAGGAAUGGGUCAGAAGAUGGUCUUACAUUUGCCUUUCGAUUUACAGAUUCUACUAUUCCUAAUCAGGGUGUUGAUCUUGUUCGUCAGGGCUGGAAUAGGAAGGGCCCGAAUGUCCCGCAAGAAGGUUAUGGCUCUGCUGCUGUCUUGCCUGAGCAAGGCAUAUAUCUAGCCGCAUCUAUAUAUCGGCCUGUUGUGCAGUUUACAGAUAAGAUUGCUUCUAUGAUGCCACAAAAACAUUCCCAGCUUGGGAAUGAUGGGCUUCUGGCUUUUAUGGAGAAUUUUAUCAAGGACCAUUUUCUACCAGCCAUGUUCGUGGACUACCGUAAAGCCGUACAGCAAGCUAUAUCAAGCCCAGCUGCAUUUCGCCCGCGGUCUGCAGCCGCAGCUACUUACACCCCAUCCGUUGAGAAAGGUCGGCCUGUCUUGCAGGGGCUCUUGGCAAUUGAUUUCCUGGCAAAAGAGGUGCUUGGUUGGGCUCAAGCAAUGCCUAAAUUUGCAAGUGACCUCGUGAAGAAUUUGCAAGCAUACCUGGAACGAACAUACGAAAGAUGCCGCACAUCCUACAUGGAGGCAGUUCUUGAGAAGCAAAGCUACAUGCUGAUUGGGAGGUACGAUAUAGAGAAAUUGAUGCGACGUGAUCCAGCAAGUUCAUGCUUACCUCGUUCACUUGGCCAUUCAGAGUCAACCAUGGUAAACAAUGCUUCAGAUGCAGAGUCAGUUGAGAUUGAGUCAGAACUGAGUAGCCUGCUAUUGAAUUUGCGCCCAAUCAGACAGGACAAUCUGAUUCGCGACGAUAACAAACUCAUUUUGCUUGCAUCUCUUAGUGAUUCUUUGGAGUAUGUUGCUGAUUCAAUUGAAAGGCUUGGUCAGUCCAACAUGCGUGCUGCAAAGCAAGUAGGAGAGAGAGGGAAGAAUCUGGCUUCAUUCGCGGAUGAAUAUAGGAAACUAGCAAUUGACUGUCUAAAGGUUUUACGCGUGGAGAUGCAGUUGGAGACCAUAUUCCAUUUGCAGGAAAUGACAAAUAGAGAGUACUUGGAGGACCAGGAUGCAGAAGAGCCAGAUGAUUUUAUAAUAUCUCUCACUGCACAGAUAACACGCCGGGAUGAAGAAAUGGCACCUUUUGUUGCACCAGUAAAGCGAAACUACAUAUUUGGUGGAAUAUGCAGUGUUGCUUCAAAUGCAUCUAUCAAGGUUCUUGCUGAUCUGAGGUCUAUCAACCUUUUCGGCGUUCAACAGAUUUGCCGAAAUUCAAUAGCAUUGGAGCAGGCCCUUGCAGUUAUUCCAUCAAUCAACAGUGAAUCUGUACAGCAGAAGCUGGACCGCGUCAGAACAUAUUACGAACUAUUAAACAUGCCCUUUGAGGCUUUGCUUGCUUUCAUUGCGGAGCACGAGCACUUGUUUACAGCUAAAGAAUAUGGUUAUCUGUUGAAGGUUAAGGUCCCUGGAAGAGAGGUUCCCCCUGAUGCACAACAUCGUGUUUCAGCCAUCCUAUCUCGAUAG